GCAGGAAAAGUUUUUUUAGAGGGAAACGCAGGGCUAGUCUGUUGGCCUGACGUCAGAUGAGGCUUUCAUAACCCCCCGGGGGGUGCCGAGGAAGGCUCUCUGCCGCUCUCCGAUGGGCCAGCCCAGUCCUGGCCCAGCUCCCCCGAGAGGCAUCUGCAUUCUCUGGGCUGAAAGGUAGCUCCUGUGCCACUGACUUCCAGGCAUGAGGUGUCUCCCGCCCUGGACGCUGGCAGCUGUGGCAGUCCUGGUGGCGGGCAACGUCCUGGCCACGCGUUAAGUGCCCACCUCUAAGAGGAAGCUGGCAGAGUAUGUGAGCCUGCACAGGGACCGUGUACCUGGUAACACCCACCCAUGUGUCAUGCCCGUGUGGAGAGAACAGACUUGACUCAGUACAACCAACAUCUAUUGAUGCUCAGCGUCGUCUGAAAUCCCUGUCAUAAUAAUAAGAAAAGGUCGUCUCUCCAGCCCCCACAGCCAUGACUUUCACUCCAGUGCCGCUGGAGGACGCAACUGCACGCCCUGAGUUCUGCAAGUGGCCGUGUGAGUGUCCGCAGUCCCCACCUCACUGCCCACUGGGCGUGAGCCUUAUCACCGAUGGCUGUGAGUGCUGUAAGAUCUGUGCCCAGCAGCUCGGGGACAACUGUACAGAGGCUGCUGUCUGUGACCCACACCGGGGUCUCUACUGCGACUACAGUGGGGACCGGCCGAGGUACGCAAUAGGAGUGUGUGCACAGGUGGUCGGCGUGGGCUGCGUCCUGGAUGGCGUGCGCUACGCCAACGGCGAGUCCUUCCGGCCCAACUGCAGGUACAACUGCACCUGCAUUGAUGGCACGGUGGGCUGCACGCCGCUGUGCUUGAGCCCCAGGCCCCCGCGCCUCUGGUGCCGACAGCCCCGGCGCGUGCGAGUGCCUGGCCAGUGCUGCGAGCAGUGGGUAUGUGAAGAUGAUGCCAGGCGGCCACGCCAGACCGCGCUGCUGGACACCAGAGCCUUCGAAAAGAAUUUGACCUGGGGACCACCUGGUUUUAAAGACGGAUUUCCUUUCAUGAUUUCACACUUCAUUCCUUGGUCAGAAAAAAAUGUUAAGGCAGCUUCGGGCACAGUGGAACAACCGCACGGGAACUGCAUAGCUUACACUAGCCCCUGGAGUCCUUGCUCAACCACCUGUGGCCUAGGAAUCUCAACUCGGAUCUCUAACGUCAAUGCCCGCUGCUGGCCAGAGCAGGAAAGUCGCCUCUGCAACCUGCGGCCUUGUGACGUGGACAUCCAUUCACACAUCAGGGCCGGGAAGAAGUGUCUGGCGGUGUACCAGCCGGAGGAGCCCACAAACUUCACUCUCGCAGGCUGCGUCAGCACACGCACCUACCGACCCAAGUAUUGUGGAGUCUGCACUGACAACAGAUGCUGUGUCCCCUACAAGUCCAAGACCAUCAGUGUCACUUUCCAGUGUCCAGAGGGGCCGGCUUUCUCCCGUCAGGUCCUGUGGAUCAACGCUUGCUUCUGCAACCUGAGCUGUAGGAAUCCAAAUGAUAUCUUUGCUGACUUGGAAUCUUACCCUGACUUUUCAGAGAUUGUCAAUUAGGUAGUCGUGUGGCUCGGGGCAAAGCUCCAUGUUUGCAGAACAGCCAGCCCUCUGUGGCCCAGGACUUCACGGUUGAGCCUUAUCUCAUCCCCUUCCUCCUCAAUUCUGAAUUCCCUGAUCCUGACUCUCGGUCUCUGUUGCUACUCCGACCAUCCCGAUGGCCCAGGAGGAUGCUGCUCAGGCCCAGACUAGGCAUCCUUUCUUGGGGAUAUUCUAUAUCACUCCAAAGAAAACACAUUUUGGACUGUUCAAGAGGAAUCCCAAGCCUGACUCAGCCUGUCUGGCCCGAGCCUGCUCAAGUUGUCAGAAAUCCUGAUGGGGCUGCACAAGGGAUAGAAUCCACUGAAAAGCCACUAUCACAGACUCUUUUAUCAGAUGCCAAACUUGUGACACCAGGGUCCUCUCAGACAGAUGGAUGGGACCAGGGAUACAAGAAUAAGCUAUUGUUUGGGCCUUGCUAAACGAUACUAUCAUGGGCAUUUCUGCCCACAACACACCAAAAGUGCUCUCGUUCCAAAGAUCUCUGUACCACGAGGUCACUGAACAUUUUCCAGGUGACGUCGACGGUGGUGCCAUUUUUUCUUUGCAAUAGAAAGUCAUUUCCAUUAAUCUGGGAAUAACUGAGGACACAUUUCUCUUCUUCCUGCAUCGUGAAGGGCUCAGUUGGGUUCAUGUUGAUUGGAAAUGUAAUUUGAGAAAUUUUAUUUAUUCUUAUUUUAUUUCUGGCUGGUAGGUGGCAAGUCACAGUCCAUCCUGUAGAGAUGGGACAAGGCCAGCCAGUCUCACAAGUCAUAGUUGAUAAGUUCGCUGAAUCUGCUGCAUACCAAGUUCUUAGGGCAAUUAGCCAGCUCUUUCUAACACCUGGACCUCCCUUGCCCUGGGGCUCCUGGGAGUUGGUAGGGACGUGGGGGUAGCCUGUCUGUAGUCUCAAAAACACCCUGGAACCAUUGGGUGGUGGGAAGAUGCCCUCAUGAACCUUGGAAGGUUCUUUUCAAGUCCAGACCGCAUGUAGCAGGAUUUGUGUCACACAAAUAUGUAGGUCAUCCUUCACUGGCCUGGGUGGCCUCUGGCAGGAGUGGUGAGGCCAAGAUAACCCCUGGGCUCGGGAUACAUCUCUUUUGCUUUAGGGGUCUAUUUCAUAGCUUAAGUAGCUGCGGAGCAAAAUGGCUCAGUUUUCUAGUCUGAAGAUAGAAGUUGACCAGCUGUUUAGAAAUGGAAAUCUAUUCAACCGAGAUAAAAAAAAACCCAAAGAGUUUGUAAGUUGAAGAAAAAGAUUUCUCCUAAGUGAUGAGUCUAUUGUUUAGCAGUAGAAUGUAAGAGUUUCUGUCAUCAUUCCUUUAAUGGGUAUGUCCUAUGGGCUCCCCGUUACUCUCAAUAUUUGCCACACAUUUGCGCAUUGAAGCUUUGUGACAACGUCAAGGAGUCUACUCCAUCAUUUCUGUCCUUGAAACUGUGAAAUGGAAGCCCAAAGAAGAAACUCAACCGGAGUCACCCAUCUGGAGAGUCACACCCCAGACAGAUUAACUUCGUAAUCCGUACUGCCUCUCUGCUGCUGGGCCUUCCAAACACGUCAGGAUAGGAAAGCAGGCUGAAUGGGCAACUUCUCAGUCUGGCCUCUUAAUGCUGUCUCUCUAGCUCCUUUCCCAUAAGAGGCGGGUGUUUGCGUAUUAAGCAUCCAAACUAAAUGGGACAGGAAAAGGCAUGUGAAUUCCCGGUGACUCCUCCCAGCUCACGGCAUGAAUUUCUAAGAUGGUUCUGUUUGCCCAGCACCACGCGUGUGGUGGUGGACAGAGGCCUGGGGGAGGACUAUACUCGUGAUUUCCCCUCCUUCCGGUAAGCUCCCAAAAUCCUGGCCUUGUGCAAGGCGAAAAGCAGUGCUCGAGAUGUAUUUUAGGUAGAAAACACAUUAUGUAUACACUCCUACGUUUCCUUAGAAGCAUCCUUUUUCCAGGAUCUCUUCCUACCAGUGAGAAUCCUCCAUUAAAGGAGGCUUAGUGCUUUGAAUAAAUGUAUGUUCCUAUGUGUACACGAGCUCUCAUGUAAAGAUGUGUUACUCCUGGGGAUUAUCACUUGUGUAAGGUGUUUUUUUUUUUUGUGGAUUGAUUGGAAAAGCCUAUUUUUAACAUCUAGCUCUCAAAGAACUUCCAUAAGCUAGAGUCUCACCAAGUAUCCAUCCUUCUUUGGGAGAACUGAACAGAGCAUCUUUGACCAAAGGAGGCUCCGGUAGAGGAGUCAGAGUGGUCAGCCGUGGGAAUAGGAAGGACUUAUGGCCAAAGUGACUCAGCUGUCACUGGUUUUGAGAAAUGGACCUGGCCUGCAUCGGGAUCUGAAGAACCGCUUUAGAACCAAGAACUGAAGUCCCAGAGAAGAAGAAAUGAAUGCAAUAGGAAGAAAUUCUUCUGAGCAGUCAAAACCAGACUGUAGUGGUGUGGCCUGUUUCCAGGAAAGGGAAGGAUAGCAAUUACAGUUAAGAAAGCCAAAGUCCAUUUAUUGAUAGCUUAUUUGGUGCUAAGCACAGUGGUGCAUUUUUAUCAGGUUAUCAAUUAGCAGAGCUAUGUUCAGUACACAACCUUUCUCCAUUUGAUAAAUAGAAACUCUGAAGCUCGGAACUUACGCUUACCUGCUCUACCACCAGAGGAGAGCUAGACAGAACCGAAGCAACUGUUACUGGAGUCACGCAAAAGCAAGGCUUUAGACACCUCCCCCCCCCAGUGCUUAGACACAAAGAAAAUGCAGCAAUGGGAGGGAGCUAACCUUUUGCAAAGAAAUUCACUGUGGCACCAAGACUGAAUUUCUGAAUUUCUUGGGUGUGUUUGAGAGAGAGAGAGAGAGAGAGAGAGAGAGAGAGAGAGAGAGAGAGAGAGAGAGAGAGAGUAUCUGGGGCUCAUGAGCCAGCAACUUACUAAACCUUCAAUUAACAUUUGGAGAGCCCUGAAUAUGCAUCAACCAAGACUGAUACUCCAUGCUUCGCUGACAUAGCCCACUUAAUCCUUCCAGUGAGCCCACGAGUUAUGGCAUUACCACUGCCCAUUUCCAGGCUGACACAGCAAGGUCUCCAGGAGUUAAGUGAUUUGCUCAAGUUCUUACCAAACAGGGCAUAGUAGACAAGCUCCAAAGCCCAGGAUCAUGUGACACCCAUGACGUCUGUCGUGUCACUCAGACCACUUGCUUGCCUGUCCUCAGCCAAAGGCUCCAGAGUCACAAGUGGUGGCUCACAGACCCCGGUGCAGAAAUUCUAAGGUUGAGGGUGAUUGAUUGAUCAAAGAAAGUAAUUUCAAAUGAUACGAUUGUCUGUAAUCACCCUAAUUAAUUUUGGACUGUGCAUGAGUGGAGAUUGCAGAGAGGGAUUACAACCUCUGGCUGGUGUUGUCUUCUGUCGUUUCUUUUUAGAGACUUGAUUUUGACUCAGAGGAGCCGCAGUGACAGCCCUAAAUGGCUGGGAAGCCGAAAUGGCCAUGGGUAGUUGUGUGUUUCUGUAUAGGGGUGUGUGUGUGUCUGUGUGUGUGUGUGUCUAUUUUCAAACUGUGAGUAUUUAAAUAUUCCUAUUGCCAUUGUGUAAGUGAAUACACAUAAAGAAAUGUCUUGAGAUUUCCCAACAGAGGACAAACAGCCCUUGGGCAGCCUGCCACGGUCUACCACACCUCAUUUUUCUCCUGAUUUGUGUAAUAGGGAAUGUGUUUGUUCACUAUGAUGAGUUUUCAUUGUUCAAAUUCUUUGUUUACAGCUUUUCUCCUUAAAGCAAUAAAUCAUCAGCAAAAGUGA